AUCUCUUAUCACUUUGAUCUGAAAAAAAUUUUAGAAGUCGUUUCAAAAAGAAUGCAAAUUUUUCACGCUACGAAUCAAAUUUUAAAAUGAAAUGAAUUCGAAUAAAAUUUACAAAGUUCUAAUUCACAAUCUACGUUGAAAAGGAUAAUCGCUUCGCCUGUAAUGAUGCAAUACACUCCUCUAUUUCAUUCCAAACGCCGGAAUACGAGUAGAAUUGUGAUUGUGUUUCGUGUUUAGUUUAGUUCAUGUCAGUACAAUUUUAUGCAGUUUGAAACUUGAUUUUCAAUCAUGAGUGAUUAUUUCUAUUACAUCGCUUCCUUAGCCAUCGAUGGUUUAAUAACACUUUACUUCGCCGAGCAGUACUUCUCUUCGAAAAAAUUAUUUACAACUUUUACUAAAUCUAUCGAAAACGGGAUAAAUUGUGUGAACGAAGAUGAAAAAGACACGCAGUACGCUGUUGUUCGAGGUCAAGUCAAAUCGAUCGGACCACCUAUCAGAAGCUUAAAUAAACGAUACGCUUCUGGAGUAAUUCAAAAGCUAACGAUGAAAGAAUUUUACACCGAAAAGACUAGCUUUGGAAUGUGGGUUAAUCGCGAAGAACUUAUGGACGAGAAGAAAAACGUUGUUCCUUUUCAACUAGAAAGAGGCAAAUUUAAAAUAAACAUCACGUCGCCUUUAGAUGCCGAAUUUCUAAACCUAGAAGUAAUCGAAGAUGUUUACGAACCUACCUCCAGUACUUUCUUAGGAUUCUUAUUUGGAAUACAGAAAAGAGGAAUACAGCAUACAGAAUGGAUGUUGAAAGAAAGAUCUAUCUUGACUGGUUUUGGAGAAGUUCAAACGAAAAAUGGUAUCGUACAUUUAAUUCCGCCAAGAAAUGGCAUGUGUUAUAUACUUACCACAAUGGAUCCAGAAUCCUUGACGAAAGUACUGGCUUCGAAGAAGAAAUAUUACGGUGCUUGUUGCAUCAUUUUUAGCAUAGUUGGAAUCAUGAUUGCCGGAGCGUGCGCAUAUAAGUACUGGAAAAGUCGUAUGCAACGUAGAAGACUCGAACGAAUGAAUGAGUUUGCCGAACAAGCAUCAGCUGAACGACGUAGAAGGACUGCGAAUACUACUCCUUCGGAUAUAGAAUUCACUUGUAUUGUAUGUUAUAUUAACCCUAGAGAAAUAGUAUUGUUACCAUGUGGACACAUAAGCAUGUGUGCUGAUUGUUCUUUAAGGUGUGCCAAUGAUCCCUGUCCGGUGUGCAGACAACCAGUAGUUAAUACAAAUUUGAUAUAUAUAAGCUGAGUCAUGUGUGUAAUUUAUUCUUAAGGAUUAAUGUGUAGGUUCCGUUCAAGUUCGUUGAUUCGUUCAAAAUAUGUGUUUUUGUGAUAUUUUUAGAGGUGGUUUUCUUUUCUUUUUUUUUCAAGUAUUAAAGAUUAUUUUUAUCUAGUA